CCUUCUCACUCUGCCUCUCUCUCAUCCGCCAGCUGAGGGACCGAAGCAGCCUGCGAGAGAAACCGCGAGGAGGGGAGAGGAAACGGAGCGACGGAGAUGGCGAGCAUCAACAUGGGGCUGAGACCGCUGCUGCUGCUGGGGCUCGCGUGCGUCUUCCUGGUCGUCCUAAUGCCUUAUGUCCAAUGCCUUAAUGGCGACGAGGACCAGAGCCAGGACACCGAGUGUAAGAUGAAGAGCGUAACCGUGUCGGCAUUGCCGUUUUUGAGGGAAAACGACCUAAACAUCAUGCACAGUCCGUCGGCCUCCGAGCCCAAGCUGCUGUUUUCCGUUCGAAACGAUUUUCCCGGAGACGUCGUGGUGGUGGACGACCUGGAAAACACCGAGCUCCCUUUUUUCGUCUUAGAGAUCUCCGGGAAUUCAGAGGACAUCCCUCUGGUGCGCUGGAAGCAGCAGUGGCUGGAGAAUGGCACUCUGCUCUUCCACAUCCACCACCAGGACGGCAGCAUGAACCCCCCGGAGCCGACCGAAGACCCGGCCAACGAUUCGGCGAAGGAGGAGCUCCGCAUCCUGCACAUCUCUGUCAUGGGCGGGAUGAUCGCCCUUCUGCUGUCUAUCCUGUGCUUGGUCCUGAUCCUCUACACCCGCAGGCGCUGGUGUAAACGCCGUCGCAUCCCUCAGCCCCAGAAGAGCGCCAGCGCCGAGGCGGCUAAUGAGAUCCACUACAUCCCCUCCGUGCUGAUGGGAGGCCAGGCCCGGGAGAGCUUGAGGAACUCUCGGGGUCAAGGGCCAAACUCCAGCGGUACCCUCAGCAUCCGGGAGACACCGAUUUUGGAUGGGUAUGAGUACGACAUAACAGACCUGCGUCACCAUCUGCAGCGGGAGUGUAUGAACGGUGGCGAGGAGUUUGCCAGCCAAGUCACCCGUACCCUGGACUCCCUCCAGGGCUGUAAUGACAAGAAUAAUAUGGACCUCACACCUGUGAGUGACAACACCAAGCUGGCCCUAAUGAACAAAUACAAGGACAACAUCAUUGCCACAAGUCCAAUCGACAGCAACCACCAGCAGAACACCCUGCUUCCACACAACACCUCCACCAGCCAACGCAAACGUCUCUCCAGCAACACCCGUGCGGGUUCAACUUUCUUGAACCCAGACGGGGACUCUGGAACGGAGGCAGACAGCGAGCCUCAGCUGGCCUUUUACACCGACCCAAACCGCAGUCGCCGCCGGAGUCGAGGUAUGAGAAAUGGUAACGCCAACAGCGCGUGGGGCUCAGGGGCAGCAGGUUCCCCCCGCAGCCCCAUCAAUAAGACCACCCUGACUCUGAUCAGUGUCAUCAGCUGCGUGAUUGGCCUGGUUUACUCCUCUCACCUGUCUUGCACCCUCGCUGUCCGGGUAAUCCUACAUGUGCCGGAGCACCUCAUUGCUGACGGAUCAAGGUAUAUUUUGCUGCAGGGGAGCCAAUUGGACGCCUCAGACUGGCUAAACCCAGCCCAGAUCUUGUUGUACUACCAGCAGAACGCCAGCGGGCCGUGGGUCAACGAGCUGUGUGGACGACGCCUCCUGGAUCCUUGUGAGCACCAGUGUGAUCCGGAAACAGGAGAAUGCCUUUGCCUCGACGGCUACAUGAAAGACCCGGUCCACAAGCACCUCUGCAUCCGCAGUGAGUGGGGGCCCAAUCAGGGUCCCUGGCCUUACACCAUAUUUCAGCGCGGUUUUGAUCUUGUGAUGGGAGAACAGCCCUCUGAUCGCAUUUUCAGAUUCACAUACACCUUAGGGGAAGGGAUGUGGCUGCCGCUGAGUAAAAGCUUUGUCAUCCCACCUGCCGAGCUCGCCAUCAACCCAUCAGCCAAGUGCAAGACGGACAUGACAGUUACAGAGGACGCGGUGGACAUACGAGAGAAAUUGAUGAUCAGUUCAUCUUUUGACUCGUUGGAGGUUCUCCUGGACUCAUUUGGGCCCGUCAGAGACUGCACCAAAGACAACGGAGGCUGUAGCCGCAACUUCCGCUGCAUAUCUGACCGAAAACUGGACUCCACUGGAUGUGUGUGCCCUCUGGGGUUGAGUCCUAUGAAGGAUGGGACUGGGUGCUACGACCACCACAUCGGCAUCGACUGUUCCGACGGUUUCAAUGGAGGAUGUGAGCAGCUGUGUCUCCAGCAGCUGGCGCCUCUAGAGGAUGACCCGACACUCUACAACAUCCAGAUGUUCUGUGGGUGCAUCGAGGACUACAAGCGCGGCCCAGAUGGGAGGUCAUGCCUGCCGCUGUCGGAGACCUGCACCGAGGGAAUAGACUGCGGGGAAGCAGUGGACAUCCCCGCUAACCAGACUGUGUUCGGAGACCUUUUCUAUGGAUACAACAACCACACCAAAGAGAGCACCACCGGACAGAUCCUCAAGGCCACAUUCAGGCAGAAGAACUUUGCCCGAGGCAUCGAGCAGCAGCUCCCAGAUGGCAUGGUGGUGGCAUCAGUGCCGAUGGAGGUCCAGUGCCACGAGGAGCUGUCCGACCCUGUUCCGGACCCAGAGUACCUCACAGGUAUGGUGAACUACAGCGAGGUGUCUGGCUACCCCCUUGUUCAGCACUGGAGUCUUCGUUCUGUGCAGUACCACGUCAAACUCAAUCAGUGGGUCCUCUCUCAAGCCUUUAGCUCGGCCAUUCAUUCUCUGGACGGGGCCACGCAGCGGAGCGACUUUGUCUCCAUCCUCAGGGAGUUUGGGAACCAUUAUGUGCAGGAGGCAGUGUACGGCUUCCAGGAGUCCUGUACCAUCUGGUACCCCAACAAACAGGUCCAGAGACAACUGUGGCUGGAGUACCAGGACAUCAGCAAAGGUAACUCGCCUUCGGAGGAGUCAGAGGAGCGUGACAAGGAGCCAAGGACGCUGACCUACCCUGCAUACAUUGCCAGCCUGCUGGACACAGGUGCCAAGCGCAUGGCUGCUGGUGUCCGUAUGGACUGCAACAGCCAAGGCCAGUGCCCGCGCUCCUGUCACCUCUGCCACAUGAGCCCAAGGGUGGUGCAAGGGCGGCAGCAGUCCGAGCCUGUUCUGCUGCAGAUCACCAAAGCUGCGCCCAUCUUUGAGCUGGUGUCUAACAAUGAGACCUACCAGGCUCUUCAUGAGGCGAUGAUGAGCAUGCUAUGGUGUUCAGGGAAAGGAGAUGUCAUCGAUGACUGGUGUCGGUGUGAUUCCAGCGCUUUUGGCACAGACGGACUGCCCACCUGUGCCCCACUUCCCCAACCUAUGCUGAAACUGUCUUACACCUACGAGCCCAGCAGCUCAUUGGUCAUCAUGGAGUGGAACCACACCGAGCCACCAAUCGGCGUGCGGAUUGUUGAUUACCUUAUUAGCCAGGAGAAGGUGACCGAGAGGACCGACCACUCCAAAGUUGAGACAGAAACACUUUUGAGCUUUGUGGAUGACAUCCUGUCUGGGGCCAGGUCGCCAUGUGUGAUGUUAGGGGACAUCCCCAACCUCCUGUCCUCCUCCAUCAGCAUGAUCAUUCGCUGCCUGGAGCCUGACACCACAUACAUGUUCCGGCUGUGGGCAGUAGACAACACAGGGCGCCGUUCUAGUCCAAGUGAAGUCACUAUUAAAACUCCGUGUCCAACUGUGGAUGAUGUCAAAGCACAAGAAAUUGCAGAUAAGAUCUAUAACCUUUUCAACGGUUACACCAGUGGGAAGGAGCAGCAGACAGCCUACAACACUCUAAUGGAUCUGGGCGCUCCGACCCUUCGCCGCGUGCUCUACCACUACAACCAGCGCUACGAGAGCUUCGGGGAAUUCACCUGGAGGUGUGAGGACGAGCUGGGACCCAGGAAGGCCAGCCUCAUCCUGUCCCAGCUAGAUGAACUCUCCCCGUGGUGUAAGGGUCUUCUGCAGGAGCCGAAGAUUGGCCUCCGCAGGAUGUCCCUUAAGUUCCUGUCCUGCCGUUACACUGACACCAAGGCCUUUGGGCUGAACUGGUCAGACAUGGGCCAGGACGUGCACAAGGCCUGUGACGAGCAGACGCUCACAGUCAUGUAUAAUGACUACGGCGAGCCCAAGGAGCUGUGAAAUGAUUAAAGGGUUGGAUGUGUACAGGAAUAUGGGAGAUUUGUCAAACCCAACAAAGAAACACAUAAAAUGCUGGUUUCAUGUUUGUUUCCAUAAGCUAUUUGCAUUCAUGGUGUCAUAAGCAAAUGCCUAACAUUAUUUAAAAUGCCUUAUACUCUAUUUAGCAUUACCAUAUUAUUGGUAAAUGUAUUCAAAUGUCAAAUUAGAGGAGUUGAUCUCUGAAGUCUAGAUACAUUUAGAUAGUCUAGAUAAUCAUCUAAUAAGCAAUACCUUUUUGAUCAAUAUCUCUUAGCUGUGCUUUGUUAGAGCUAUACUAAAGUCCAUUCCUCCCUUGUAAUGAAAAGUAAAAAUGAAGGCAAACUUGACACAUUCUGCAGAUGCUUCACAGCAAACACCUCCCUUGUUUGAUUACCUUCAACAACUCUCAGUUGUUCUUCUUCGAUGUGGCAUGAUGUGGUAUGAGUGGGAUGAUGACAUCUUAUGGACUAAAGCACAGGAAGCAAGUAAAGCUUUACUUUACUAAUCCCGGGGUUGGACGUUGGAUCCACAGCUCAUCCUGACCUCUUGUUGAAGUAUUCUUCUCUAUCUUGGGGAAGACACUGAACCCCAAACUUAUCCUGAUGGUUGGCCAGCACCUUACAUGGAAGCUCGCUGCCGUCGGCGUGUGAGUGAAUGAGAAGCUAAUUGUAAAGCUCUCUAGCUCAAGAUAAAAGCCCAAUAUAAAUGCAACUAUUCAGCUGUGUAGCAGCUGCAGGCACUCGACAAACAUGUUUACUUCGACACCAAGGCUUACUCUUUGCUAAAUUAAAGGUUCUGAAAUUUAAAUGUUUUUAAUGAAGUGUGAAAUAUUGCAAGGCAGGAAUGGACUGACAUGGAAGGCAUGGACAACUAAAACAGAUCCUUUUGCAACAGGCCUAGGCCAGGUUCUUUAAUUCUUCCUAUUAUUAUGAUUUGAAUGCACAUUGGCAAGAAAGAUACCAUCUCACAAUAAAAUGUAAUGCAACUGGGAAAAAAGACAGACCUAUAUUAUUCAAUGCACUUAUAUUUUAGAACAACAAAUAACUUAGAGGGACAAAACAAAAGGCCAUGCAUUUUAUUUUACUGUAUUUCUUUGUUGGACUCAACAAUCUUCUCUUUAAAUGUUGAUACGUAAAAUGAACUUGUUGUUUUACCCCUUUGUUGCAAACGUCUAGCAUCGUAAUAGUCUAAUCUAUAUGGGAAAGUGCCAUUUCAUUUGGCUUCUUUAUGUUCAGUCAGAUAUUUAAAAGAUCUGAUCUGGGAUAUAAAGGGUUACACAUGAGCUCAGUGGUCCCUGUUAAGAUCUAAACUUAGGCACAUCUUUAGAAAUUUUGGUGAAAAUUACGAAAGGCAACUCUUGAUUGUGACCCUUCAGGUUGCCGACAUCCAUCCUACAGACAGGAUCAGCCCUGUCUCCUAAAUCUUCCGUUCCUAUGCAACUAAAUGGCAUUCUUAAUUAUGUUUCAAGAUAAACUCAUUAGUCCCAGAUUAAGUUUGUUUUUGACGUUUUACAAAUAUGUUUUUGAUGAAAGUCUGCCUUCAAAGUUGAAGUAAGGAGGAGAUCUGGGUGGAUUGAUGGUCAAACGCAGGACUUUCACAGGAGACGCUGUCUCAUGUGAAACCAGUAGGCAACAUCAACUUAUUUUAACUUAUGAACGUAAUGGAAGUAACUUAACAAACAUACCUAUUUUAAAUCAAACCGUAAUUUAACCUUAGGCUGACCAGAUGAGAAUGGGUAAAAUGCGGGACGAGACAGACUCCCCCAAAGUGAUUUAUUUUUAUUCAGGAAUUCAACUCUCACGUAAACCCAAAAAUACAAAUAAAAAAUCAUUAAAAUCAUGAACUUGUGUCAUUAUGAAACAAAUAAAACAAACACAACGAAUUUGUUUUAACAUCAGCAACAUCCAAACCAAUCCCUCCCUUCUCGUGGCUGCCUGCACUUAACAUGAAGUUCAAAACUCCUCCCGCCUAAAGGAGGAUGAGACCAAAGUGUUGGUCUGUACAGUUGUGCUGUUGGUUAAACGUACUUUGCUGCUAGCAUGCAGCCUAAAGUCUAACUCAUCGGGUCCUGGGACGCCACCCUGAGCAUCCAUUUUAACAAUGAAUGAAUGAAAAAUAACAAUGCAUGUUAUCAAUGCAACCAAUGAGCAGCCAAUGGGAGCUGGACAAACGUCUGUGCUUGAGACUUUUCUCUGAUUUUCGGGACAAUUAGGGCAGGAUUCGGGACUACUGCUUGGAUUUCGGGACUGUCCCAAAGUUUUCGGAACGUCUGGUCACCCUAUCUUAUCCUCUCCCUAACCAAGUUUUAGAUUUUAGUUCGGUAGUUUUUUUUUUCAAUUCACAAUAUUAACCAUGUGUAUAAAAUUGUAACUGUUUCACGACAUGCGCCUGUUGUUGGUACGAGGAUCUGUUGUCUAAGAGAAACAUCUCGGAACGUAAAUGAGAAUGCAGAUAUAUUAUAUAUUGUAUUGGGAAAAAAUGUGUUGACUUCACUAGAUGGCGAUCUUGGUUUAAAGGAAAAAGUUCAAGGAAUGGCAAUUCACUGUGCUUUAAACCCUUUGUUGAACAGAGAGCGUCAUCUAGUGGGCUCCGAAAAUG